AAUGACAUAUUGGUUGUCAGCUCAUACCUGUCAGGAGAGGUCGCGAAAUUUUUGGCUUCCGGAUUAAAAUAGUGAUUCACGGACAAUUCCCAGACUAACUUUCAGUCAAAGUGUCACUAUAUAUUCUCCAUAAAAAUGUCCUUAAAGUCAGAUGGCAGAGAUAACGUGUCAGGUGACGAGGAGGAAUUCCGAGAUGCUUGUUCUCGAACAAACGAGGAGAUUGUGGAUGAACUGGUGAACGAGCAAUUGAAAAAUUUGUCAGUGCAAAGUGACGACGAGAAACUUAAGGAUUUGGCAAAUGGGGUGAGGAACGACGAGCCUACAACAUCAAGAUUAAACCAUAGCGACGAGGAGGAACACGAGGAUUUUGCUGAUUGCAUCGAUGAUAUCAUAGACGAUGAAGGUCUAAAGGAAGCGGAACGUGAUCUUACCGAUGAGCAGAAAAAGGAAAACAAAGAAAAGGCAGAUAAACUGAAGGAGCAGGGAAAUGAGCUUUUCAAGGACGGGGACUACAUCAAGGCUUCAGAGUUGUACACGACUGCGUUGAUGUUGUGCCCGGUGGAGAGCUACCCCAAUGAACGUGCGAUUCUCUAUGGAAAUCGGGCAGCUGCUAAGAUGAAGCUGAAUUCGAACAAGGCAGCGAUUGAGGAUUGCACGAAAGCGUUACUGUUUAAUCCGAAUUAUAUGAAGGCACUGAUAAGACGUGCUAAACUCUAUGAAGAUACCGACAAGCUAGAUGAAAGCUUAGAAGACUACAAAAAAAUCCAAAAAUUAGAUCCAUCAAAUCAGGAGGCAGGACAAGCACUAAUUCGUCUAUCCGAGGCAAUUAACGAACGAAAUGAGAAGCUCAAAACGGAAAUGCUAGGGAAAUUGAAAGAUCUAGGAAACAUGAUAUUGAAGCCUUUCGGACUAUCAACAAAUAAUUUCCAAAUGCAACAGGAUCCCUCGACCGGAUCAUACUCAAUUAAUUUCAAUCAAAAUCCGCAGUGACAGGUGGCAUGUGGGGCUUGAUUCCGUGUGCAGGAUACAUUUUCAGUGAAUCUGUAUAAUUGGCUACUAAACUGUAUCUCGGAUUUGUGUAGAUAUGAAUGAACAAACAGAAAUUAGGGAGUUUUAUAUAAUAUUAUCAGAUUAUAAAGUAUUUUUCCAUAUAGAACUUUUUUAUUGUGUCUCGUUUAAGAUGAUGCUGCUCGUGUUCCAUAACAGAUAGACGAUAUGCUUUUUGUUGUUGCAAGCGACUGUUGUAGAUGUAUAAAAUGUUGAAUGCAUGAAAAAUAAACAUAACAAUCCGGAAUUA